GCAGUCAAACAGGUCUGAGAAAUCGUACAGCUCCAGUCCUUUCUCGUCCAUCGCCGUAGUCGCACCGCCACAUGUGCGCAUAUGAGAGAGACAGAAAGAGAGAGGGGGAGGGAGAGAGAAAGAGACAGCGUGCUUCAUAAUAAGCAAUCACGAGCAGCGAGGAAAAGAGGUGAAGGAAAAAUUCGCAAAGAAAUAGCGAGGCGAAUAGAGAAAAGAAGGGGAAGAAGGAGAAAAAAGCGUAAUAGAAUUAAAUAGAUAAAAUCGGACGAGGAGGUGCGUGAAUUACGAUCAAUCAGUGUCAUAUUAUCGAUUUGACGAUAUUGAAUUAAAGCGACGAGAAAAUUAUAUCCGGUAGUGUUUAACAAGAUUUAGAAGAACAAGAUUUAGAAGAACAAGAUUUAGAAGAAGCGAUAUUUUUAAGAAAACGGAAACAAGUUUCUCUCUUUCUCUAUGAAAAAAAACUACUUUCCGAAUUUCAAUAUUAAAUAAGAAGAAGUGUGUAUAUAGUCCAAAAUUUUCUAAAGAGAGAACAAACAUUUCCUGAGAAAUAAUAUAAGAGAAAUGCAAUGUGUAAUGUAUGAUAGGACUCUAUUACUCUUUGGCGGAAAUAGAUUCUUAUUACUGGCUUAGUGAAACGUAAACGAAACAAAUUGAACGAAAAUUGACAACGUGGAUAUACAACUUACUUGAGAACCGUAUUUGGCAACGAAAUUGAUGCAGAGACGCACGUUAAAAUCACUAAUUCACGAGUGUCGCGAAUAAGAACUGCAAAAUGCCGAAAGAAAAAAAGAUGAACCAUAAGUGCUACGUAUGUAACGAGCCUGCAGCUGGUUUUCAUUUUGGAGCGUUUACAUGCGAGGGCUGCAAGUCAUUCUUCGGUCGCACAUAUAACAACCUGAGUAGUGUGUCAAGCUGUAAAAAUGGCGGCAAUUGCGAGAUUAACAAGAAGAAUCGUACAUCCUGCAAAGCUUGCCGACUGCGAAAAUGCUUAUUAGCCGGUAUGUCCAAGUCGGGCUCACGCUAUGGCCGACGUUCAAAUUCGUUUAAGGAGAGCUACGCAUUGCAAGAACAAGAGGAGGAAGAUAAAUCGAGCGACAGAUCCCCCACUGUUUCAUCUUUCAAUUUAAGAAGUUUACCUCCUUUAUCUUCCGUCGUUUUUGAUGAUAAGAAUGACGCUGCAUCGACUCAGGAAACUCAGGAAAAUCAUGCCAACAAUACCACGAAUUUUCACGAUAACCAAGUUUAUGCGCAAAACUUGCACCUCAUGCAUCAGCAGCGGCUGUCUAUCAUAUUUUCAUUAAGUCAAGUUGCAUCAUCGUCUUAUCAAUUGCUCACGGAAUCAACGCCAAAAAUCAUAUCCGACAGCGAAACCAGUGACGUGGAGUCUAAGGGCAGUUCGACCCGAGUUUCACCAACAUUCAUCCACAAAAUAGAGGAGCGAACGCUGUCCAACUCGACGCCAUUGAUAAAUGAAAGUUCGAUGCUCAUGAACGCUCAUACUUCUUUAAAUUCAACGCCGAGUUUUAACACAUGGGAUGCAUCGGCAAAAGAUAACGAUUAUUCAUGGCAACUUAGUCCUGAUACUCUUACCGAUAAACCGACAGACGAACCGACAGGCGAACCGACAGACAAACCGAUAGACCUCAGCAUGCGGUCAAGUAGCAGCUCGUCGCAGUUUAAUGAGUCAUCGGAAAAGAGGAAGAAGAGAAAAAGGGAAGAUUGGAUAAACGAUAGCGACAGCUCAUCCGGAAUAAAUCCCCUCAAUUUAACGCUCAAUUCUUAAAAUCUGAUCUGAGAUCCAAAAGUCGAUUUUAACCUCGUCUAAUUUUAAAACAAAUAAUUUCAAAAAAUUCGAGAGAGAUGUCAGACAAGAAUUUAUAAACAAUAACGAUAAAUUUAUUGAUGAAACGAAAAGAAAUUAAUAAUAUACCGAUAAAGAGAGAUUACUUCCGCGAUGGAAAACAACUGAUUGCGAGCAAAUGUUGGUCGUUUUGAUCUGAUAGGCAUCAUCGUGAAAAUGU